AAUUCUCGGAUCGACCGGGAGGAGCUGUGCGGGCGGAGCGCGGAGUGCAGCAUCCACCUGGAGGUGAUCGUGGAUAGGCCGCUGCAGGUGUUUCAUGUGGAGGUGGAAGUUACAGAUAUUAACGACAACCCGCCUGUGUUCCCUGAAAGUGAAAAAAGAAUAAUCAUUGCUGAAUCUAGACCUCCGGAAACUCGGUUCCCACUAGAUGGCGCAUCUGAUGCAGAUAUUGGAGUAAACUCCGCCUUGACCUACCGAGUCUAUCCCAACGAUUAUUUCACUUUGGACACACAAAACAACCGUGAACAAACGUCUUCGUUAUCACUUGUGUUAAGGAAAUCAUUGGACAGAGAGGAAAUUCAGGAACAUAGUUUAUUAUUGACAGCUAGUGAUGGAGGCAAACCCGAGCUGACCGGCACAGUUCAGCUGCUGAUUACAAUCCUGGAUGUGAAUGAUAACGCCCCAGAAUUUGACCACUUAAUUUAUAAAGUGAGAAUGUUAGAGAAUGCAGUUAAUGGAACAUUAGUGAUCAAACUAAAUGCCACAGACCCUGAUGAUGGUACAAAUGCAGACAUAAUCUACUCAUUUAGAAGACCUGUAUCGCCUACAGUAUUAUAUGCGUUUUCCAUAAAUCCCAGCAGCGGAGAAAUUCGGACAAGAGGUAAAUUGGAUUUCGAAGAAAAGAAAUUGUAUGAAAUAUCCGUGGAAGCAAUUGACAAGGGGAAUAUUCCAAUGGCGGGUCAUUGUACCAUUUUGGUGGAAAUAGUAGAUAUAAAUGAUAACGCCCCAGAAGUUACCGUCACUUCUUUGGCUCUUCCGGUGCGAGAGGACGCUCAGGUGGGAACUGUCAUCGCCUUGAUCAGCGUGUCCGACCGCGACUCCGGCGCCAACGGGCAGGUGACCUGCUCCCUGAUGCCCCACAGCCCCUUCAAGCUGGUGUCCACCUUCAAGAAUUACUAUUCACUAGUGCUUGACAGCGCCUUGGACCGCGAGAGCGUGGCGAACUAUGAGGUG